AUGAUUUCGCCUAAAGUUCUCCGGGUGGAACCCAAGGAUGCGAUAGGACUCUCCGUCCGUGGUUUGACCGUCUCUGUUCUGAAAGGUGAAGGAAACAAAAUACUUAAUGACGUUUCGUUGAAGCUUGAACCUGGAAAGAUGAUGGCCAUUAUGGGUGGAUCAGGAAGUGGUAAGACUACGUUGUUGAAUACCCUCUCCCAGAGACUUAACUAUACUAAUAAAGAUCUUAAAUUUUCAGGAGAAAUAGAAUAUACUUCAGGUCCUGAUCAAAACCAACUGCCUCUGUUUGUUAAAAACGCUUACAUGUUGCAAACAGAUUGCUUCUUGCCUGGUCUAACGGUUAUGGAAACUUUGAAGUUUCAAGCUGAUUUAAGAAUGCCCUCUAAUACCACUGAAGAAGAAAAAUUGACUCUCAUUGAAUCAUUACUCGAGGUAUUGGAGCUUCAGCUACUCAAGCAACAAAUUGUUUGUACUUUCGCCUCCUCAAAGACGAAUCUUUCAGGUGGAGAGCAGCGUAGAGUCUCCUUGGCAAUUCAACUUUUGAGCAAGCCUUCCAUACUUUUCUUAGAUGAGCCAACUACUGGAUUGGAUACUAGUUCUUCUCUUAAACUUGUACAUACCUUGAGAAAGCUAGCCUCGCCAGAGUUCAAUGUCACUAUCAUUCUUUCAAUUCAUCAACCUCGUCCCGAAAUAUCAGUUUUAUUUGACAAGAUUUGCUUGUUGACAAGAGGAGGAAGGUUGGUUUAUUAUGGAAAUUUAAUUGAUAGUUGGGCAUACUUCAGUCUGAUUGACUUUUUGACUUCUCAAGAUGUUAGCACUAGGAAUGUAAUGGAAUAUAUUAUGGAUUUGAGCGUGAAGGACACAACUUCUACUGAAGAAAAGGAACUAGAGUCAAUAGAAAGAAUCAACAAAUUGGUGGAGGCAUGGAAGAAUCUGCAAGCAGGUGUUGUCUUUACCUCCACAUCUGCUUACUUAAAGGAUGAUAAAACUACUCAGAAAAGACUCGAAAGUAACUUAAAAAGCUUUUCUGAUGAUUCAAAAGUUGAAAAUAAGAAUUCGUUAUUCAGAGAAAUUACUAUUUUAACAAAAAGAACCUUUAUUCUCUCUUAUAGAGAUAGAGCUUCUCUUUUAGCUUUGAAUGGUGGAUCUGCAAUUUUAGCAAUAGUCGUUGGAUGGAUGUUUUAUAAGCCAAAGGAAGACAUUGCGGGUAUCAGAUCCUUAAUAUCGUGCCUUUAUGUUAUGUUGGAAGUUGUUGGAUUUUGCCCAAUGUUUAUUGAAAUUGAAAGGCUUUGGAUGAUAGACAUUUUGUUCUUUUUCCGUGAAUACAAGGAGAAUUAUGUCACCAUCCCAGGAUUCAUUAUAUCAAGAAGACUAGGAAAGUUUUUAUUAGAAGAUUUACCGCUUCCAGUUAUAUUUGCAACAAUAACGUAUUUUAUGUUCGGCUUGAGAAUAGAUGGAUCCUCAUCUUAUUACUUCAUUUAUUUGGCACUCACAUUUUUGACUCACAUUAUUUCAAUGUCGACUGCGUUAGCUGUUGUUGCACUAACUCCUGACUUUGGUGUGUCGGCUACAAUAAUUAAUCUUUAUUAUCAAUUGCAAAACAGUGCAUGUGGAUACUUCAUAAAUGCUGCUACUAUGCCGGUGUAUGUUCGUUGGACGAAGUAUAUAACCUUUUUUUGGUAUGCAUUUGGUGCAUUGACUGCAAAUCAAUUUACAGAUUGGAUGGGUGACUGUGAAGGUGAUAAUUGUACAGAGUAUUCCGGUAAUUACCAAUUAGGUAUUUUAGGAUAUCCUCAAAAUUGGAUUACUGCUCCAAUUUGCAUUUUAGUAGCAUACUUUUUCAUGAUAAACUUUGCAGUAUGUGUUGGGUUGUACUACAGGAACUCAAAUAUCAAGCUUGCCAAGACCAAGGUUGAUAGAAUAUCAAAAGAUGAAGAGGAGCAAGUUCCAGAAGUGAUUGAGAAUUCUAACGCUACUGAAGAUCUGGAUACAAGCUCUUGGUGUGAAUCUAACAAUGACACAAUUGAUAUCAAUCUUCAAGGUAUCACAUUGGACGUAAUGGUUAAAGACAAGGAUCAUCCGUUAGCCAGAAAAAGUAAUUUAGCGUUACUUGCUAAGGCUCCAACAGUCUCGAAAACUCUUUUAAAUGAUAUUAGUGCCCACUUCUCGGCAAACACUGUAAAUGCUAUUAUGGGACCAUCGGGAAGUGGUAAAACAACUUUGUUGAAUUUUUUAUCUAGCCGUCUUCUGAAGUCAUCGAAAUAUAUUAGACAAGGAGAAAUUAAAUUUAAUGGAAAUCAAAUAGUCAGUAACAAGGAGUUGAGUGAGAUAUCAGCAUAUGUGACUCAGCAUGAUACGGCAUUGAUUCCCAACUUGACUGUACGUGAAACUUUAUAUUUCCAAGCCAGAUUGCGUCUCUCUCCUAGUGAACACUCCCAAAUUCCUCAUAUUAUCAAUAGUCUAAUCAGAAGGAUUGGACUUUCAGACUGUGCUGAUAACUUAAUAGGUAGCGAGUACAAGAAAGGUAUUUCUGGUGGUGAGAAAAGAAGAGUGUCAAUUGCUAUUCAACUUUUAAGUAGACCAAAAAUCUUGUUUCUUGAUGAGCCAACUUCAGGUCUUGAUUCUACUACAGCAUGCUCUAUUUUGACUUUACUUAACGAAUUAGCGAGCGAGUCAAAUUCGACUAUUAUUACAACAAUACAUCAGCCAAGCGAAGACAUCUUUCUUAAAUUUUCUAAUGUUUUACUCUUGGCAAAAGGUGGAAGAGUUGCGUUUAAUGGCCCAAGUUCUUCUGCUGAAGAGUACUUUGAAAACUUGGGUUUCAAAUGCCCUGCAAAUAUUAAUAUAGCAGAUUACUUCUUAGAUUUAGUCUCAUCAGGAUUAGCUGAAACCAAAGAAGAAACUCAAGCGAGAGUGGAUUGUUUAGUUGGUACAUGGCACCUGCAAGUGGAAGAACAAUUGAAAUUGGAAAGUUUGAAAGUAGUUGACUCUGAAAGAGAAAAAACGCUUAGGACAAUUGAUUUACAAAAGUUCCAGAAAGUCAAAUUACCGGUUUCAGUUACCUUCCCAGUAAUUGCUUCACGUCAACUAUUAAACUCCGUUAGAUCUCCAGACGUACUUUUUACUAGAGCAUUCCAAACCGUGUUCUUGGCCAUAGUACAUGCUUUAUACUUUUCACCUUUGAGAAAUACUCAAGAUGGUGUUAGUAAUAGGUUAGGUUUGGUUCAGGAGGUGCUAAACCUCUAUUAUGUUGGGUUAAUUAAUAAUAUUACCCUCUUUCCAAUUGAAAGAGAUAUCUUCUUACAAGAAUACAAAGAUGGAAUUUAUGGACCUAUUGAAUUCAGUACAUCUUAUUUGAUUAACGAAUUACCCAUGGAGAUUGUUCCUGUACUAUUUUUAGCUGCCAUGCUAGUUUUUGUUGUUGGAUUACCUAGAACUCCUGGUAUGUUUUUCAGUAUGUUCUUUGCAUGCUUUGUUUCCAUAAGUUGUGGUGAAUCCUUAGGUAUUUUUGUUAAUAGUGUGUUUGACCACUUAGGAUUGGCUACAAAUAUAUUAAGUACACUUAUCAUUAUUGCUAUUUUUAUGGGAGGAACAAUGUCAGUUUACAUGCCUUCAUUUUUCAAAGGUAUUAACUACAUUAACCCAAUGAGUUAUGCAGUUGGUCUAAUCGCCAACUUAGGUUUUGAGGAUCAAGUGUUCUCUUGUGAAUCAGGAGACACCUGUGAAUUAAGCACAGGCGAUAAUGUCUUGGAAUAUUACAAUUUAAAGAAAGGGUUACCAGGACUCUUUGGUGGCUUAAUUGGAUGUUUGAUAAUUUAUAGAGCCAUUGCAGUCGCUACCCUUUACGUGAAGGCUAAAUACAGAAGUUAA